AUGCCUAGUGCUAUUUUUCCAAGUCAAAAACCAUCGCUGUUAGUGGGAGUUAAACUCCCACGGUCGAAAUCUGAAUGGGACAGGGCAAACAAAUAUUUUCGUAUGCAGAUAGACACUUCUAGGGAACUAAGAAAUUUGAAUAUGGAAAUCGAUCAUUUGAAUGGAACUAUAUGGGCGUAUUUUAGUGCCAAUUAUGGCCAAGUUAAAGCUAGGAACGAUUUCAAUCACUAUAAUAAUAUGUCAAAAUCAAAGUUAAAGAAAUGCCUCAGAAUCCUUAAACUUCAAAACGGCAAACUGGAAGAAAUAAAAUAUGUCAGUAGACUGUUGCGGAAGAAAUUGCGCUCACAUGUUCAGCGUAAUUAUGAAGAAGAAUUAAGUAAAGAUUUUUGGAAAUUUUGUAAAAAAGAGUUUGAAGAAUCAGAGACACAAGAACCAAAUUUUGACGAAUCGUCCUGCUAUGAUUAUUUUAGAAAUAUUUUCUUCGAAAAGCAUAAAAACCGAACAUUCAACCUUCCCUCUUGGCUGAAAUCAUUUCCAGUGACAUCGAGCAAUGUCGACCUGGAAUGUCCAACUUACCAAGAAAUAACGAAAAUAAUUCGGAAAAUGAAAAGUAGUGGUUCUCCUUGCCCUAUUGACCAAAUAAGUAUUAUUCCUUUUAAACGGUGUCCCAUCCUGAGAACACAGCUUUGGAGACUCCUCUCGAAAUGCUGGACCGAAAAAUAUAUUCCGACUAUCUGGAAACGUGCUGUUGCGGUACUCAUUUACAAAAAGGAUUCACCUGACAAUCCUGCUAAUUUUCGCCCAAUUGUUUUAGAGCCAGUCAUGUUGAAAGUUUUCACCUCUGCGAUAAGGAACAAAAUUUUCAAAUUCGUGCGCGAUAAUAAAUAUAUCGAAACAAACAUUCAAAAGGGUUUCUGGCCAGGCUUGUCUGGUACAGUUGAACAUACCGAACUGUUAAACUAUUUAUUAAACCACGCCCGCAACAAGCAGCGGUCUAUCAUUGUCACUCUAAUCGAUCUCAAAAACGCAUUUGGAGAAGUGCACCAUAACCUGAUAAAAUCUAUUUUAAAAAGUCACCACAUUCCUGACAAAAUCACUGGUAUGAUAGAAAACCUUUACACUGAUUAUGGUAUCUCAAUCUUGACGAAGAAUUUUAUAACCAUACCGAUAUCUGUAGAACGGGGCGUACUGCAGGGAGACUGUUUGUCCCCCUUGCUUUUCAAUUUAUGCGUGAAUUCACUCAUUAACACGAUAAACGAUGAAAGGAUACAGUGCCUUGGUUAUGUUAAUGAUAUAUCCUUAAACCCUCGUCAUUGGUUCCAAUUCGCGGACGAUGCUGCAAUUAUAUCUGCACAUAACGAAGACAAUCAACUACUGUGCAAUGCAUUUAGUAAAUGGUCCUCUUGGGCAGACUUAUAUAUCCGA